UCACACGGCCAAACAAACACGCUCAAGAUGGCGCCGUCCAUCCAGCAAAUUGGAAACGUGGAGUUUGUUGCGCAGCCGGCGUAGUGCUAGGCGCGCGCUGCUAGGCCUACAUUUUGUUUGGGAAAAGAUAUUAUACGGCCUAGUUGUAUUCCGUGGUUUCUAUGAACUCUGGCUGGCAUUAGCGAGUGAAAGCAUUUUCCUCAGGCUGCUCAGAGUUUACUUACAUGUAUGAUACAAGAGCAGUGACCCGUGAAUCAUGUGUGGUAUAUACUGCCUUCUUGCACCAGCCUCAUAUGAACCAUGUCGACUGCAUGCAAAGCUGGUCAACUCAAAGACAUAUUUAUGUGUUCAGCUAUAUCAUAUCCUGAAGAGGCGAGGACCAGACUCAUCAAAUGAUCUCCUCAAGCCAAUCAACACAAAGAGUGCCGAUGAUGGCCAGCAGCCGGCAGAGUUUCAUGGAUUAUUUUCUGGACAUGUUCUUCAUCAGAGAGGCACAUUGACACCCCAACCCCUAGAGGAUUUAGACGGCAAUGUGCUGCUUUGGAAUGGGGAAAUAUUUGGGGGAAUCCAGGUUGACAGUGACAAUAACGAUGGUGACUUGCUAUUGACAAUGUUGCAGCCCUGCCAGUCAGGCCAGGAAAUCUUGUCAGUUCUUAGUCAAAUCAAAGGCCCAUGGAGCUUCAUAUAUUGGCAGGAGUCUCAGCACUGUCUGUGGUUUGGGCGGGACUGUCUUGGUCGACGCAGCCUUCUUAUUGGGUGUUUUACAGAUAACAAACAGACAUUUGCUGUCUCAUCUGUUGCCAGGCGACCUGAGAUUACUAUGAAUGAGAGGUGGUCAGAGGUACCUGCAGAUGGAAUCUACUGUCUAGAUAUUGAGCAGUGGUCUAAAAGCAGAGCCCUGUCUGUUCAGCUGAUGCUAUUUCCAUGGAAACAGGAUGUGGUUUCUACAGUGGAGAAUACUUGGAGUCCUUGCACUUCCAACCAACUUGAAGAAGCUAUCUCCAGUGGAGAGCUACAAGGAGAGCCACAAGAGGAGCCACAUUCUUGCAAAGUGAUAGGUCCUGGUUUGAAUCCUGAUGUCAGCAUCAUCACUAUGACAGCAUGUAUUAGGAGUCCAAUUACUCCAAUGAAUUGGUCACUACCAAGUAAGACCCAGGAAAUUGUGCUUUCCUUAUGGGCAGAGCAAAGAAAACUACAACUUCUUGAAAAUGGUACAUGGGAGACUCUUCUAAAGGGAAGUGCAUCUGUCACGAUGCCAUCUAAGAUGGAUGAAAUACACCAUUUUGAAGAAAUGAGAAUAUUUAAUGCAAGCCAAAGUAGUUUGCCUGUGGAGAGCAAGCCAGAAUCGUUACCUCUUAGAACGGAGCAUGACUUGGUCAGAAAAUCUGACGAGUCAGUUAACCAAUUGGGGAUUAGUUCAUGCCACAGAGUCAGUGGUCUAACCGCAGACCCGUCAUCCAGAAAUCUAGAUCAGGAACGUUCCCCUUCAACCAUGGCAAAUCCCUCAGCAUCUGCAAACUGUGCCAACAAAGUUAUGAUCACAGAUGAAGAUGCCUUGCCAAGAAAGGAAUUAUGUCUUGGAAGGGAGCCUAGAGAUGAGACGAGAGAUUAUUCAGCAUCAGUGACUGUGUUUGAGUGCGAGAUGAUUAGAGCUGUCAAAGGGUUGAUUGAAAUCCUGCAGGCGGCUGUGAACAGGAGGGUCUUUAAUCUUCCUCGUCCAAACAAUAAAUCCACUGAGCAUCCAUCCUCUGAGCAUCCUAAAGAUGCAGUCUUUCAAGAUCUGAAAAAGGACAACCUCCAAAAUCCGCAAUCCCUACAAUCCACUCUCGGCAGCGAUCCCAACAGCCACUUUAGUAGGCACCCCGUUGCCAUGACAACAAAACAUGACCAUGACUCAGUUACUAAUGUGAGACUCGAUUGCAAUCAGCAUGAAGAGAAUUCCCAUAGUGAGUUCAGCACCAGGGUAGCCAUUUUGUUCUCUGGAGGAAUCGACUCCAUGGUGAUAGCAACCUUUGCUGAAAGAUGUGUACCUCAAGAGGAAUCUAUUGACUUAAUCAAUGUCGCUUUCCAGCGUCCACCAAAAACAUCUGGCAAAGCUACAACAGACAGCAAACAUCAAAAACAAAGCUAUGAUGUCCCAGACAGACUGACAGGUCGGGCUGGCUUGGAGGAGCUCAGGAAACUCAGCCCAGAGAGACACUGGAACUUUGUUGAGGUGGAUGUCACCUGUGAGGAGCUUCAUCAGAUGAGACAAGAGAGAGUUAGUGAUCUGGUCUACCCGUUGCAGUCUGUGAUGGAUGAUAGCAUAGGCUGUGCUAUCUGGUUUGCUGCACGAGGGCAAGGAUUUCUAGCCACUGACGCUGGUUCAUCACCUCAACCAUAUGAAAGCCCUGCCAAGGUGGUGCUUGUAGGCAUGGGAGCUGAUGAACAACUAGCUGGCUAUUCCAGACACCGUACUAAAUUCAAGUCAUCAGGAUGGAGUGGUCUUGUAGCUGAGGUCAAUAUGGAGAUCAGGAGGAUUGGCAGCAGAAAUCUGGGCAGAGAUGACAGAAUUAUCUCUGAUCAUGGACGUGAGGCCCGCUUUCCCUUUCUAGAUGAAGAUGUCGUCAAUUAUCUGAGUAGCCUUCCUAUUUGGCUGAAGGCUGACCUGAGAUUGCCCAGAGGAGUUGGAGAGAAACUUCUCCUACGAGUCAUGGCCAGGGUGCUGGGCCUUGGGAUGUCUGCAUCUCUGCCUAAGCGGGCCAUUCAGUUUGGUUCUCGCAUUGCCAAGAUGGAGAACCCAAAGGAGAAAGCAUCCCAUGUCUGCAACAGGCUGCUAGAGGGAUGAAGUCAUCAACAGACACUGUUCUCAUUGGCUGUGGGUCCUGGGUGUUGGGAUGUCUGGAUCUCUGCCUAAGCGGGCCAUUCAGUUUGGUUCUCACAUUGCCAAGAUGGAAAACGCAAAGGAGAAAGCAUCCCAUGUCUGCAUGCAACAGGCUGCUGGAGGGAUGAAGUCAUCAGCAGACACUGUUCUCAUUGGCUGUGGGUCCUGGGCGUUGGGAUGUCUGCAUCUCUGCCUAAGCAGGCCAUUCAGUUUGGUUCUCACAUUGCCAAGAUGAAGAACCCAAAGGAGAAAGUAUCCCAUGUCUGCAACAGGCUGCUGGAGGGAUGAAGUCAUCAGCAGACACUGUUCUCAUUGGCUGUGGGUCCUGGGCGUUGGGAUGUCUGCAUCUCUGCCUAAGCAGGCCAUUCAGUUUGGUUCUCACAUUGCCAAGAUGAAGAACCCAAAGGAGAAAGUAUCCCAUGUCUGCAACAGGCUGCUGGAGGGAUGAAGUCAUCAACAGACACUGUUCUCAUUGGCUGUGGGUCCUGGGCGUUGGGAUGUCUGCAUCUCUGCCUAAACAAGCCAUUCAGUUUGGUUCUCACAUUGCCAAGAUGAAGAAUCCAAAGGAGAAAGCAUCCCAUGUCUGCAACAGGCUGCUGGAGGGAUGAAGUCAUCAGCAGACACUGUUCUCAUUGGCUGUGGGUCCUGGGUGUUGGGAUGUCUGGAUCUCUGCCUAAACAAGCCAUUCAGUUUGGUUCUCACAUUGCCAAGAUGGAGAACCCAAAGGAGAAAGCAUCCCAUGUCAGCAACAGGCUGCUGGAGGAAUGAAGUCAUCAGCAGACAAUGCUCUCAUACCAUAGCCAAAUUACAGAACACGAAAAGGUAUUAGUUUGUAACAUCACAUGUUGAGUAGCAUUAGCACAUACCUGUGCGAUGAAUGCAUACAUGUCCAAUUGACUCUCGGUAAUACCAGCUCGGUUAGGAUGAGAUUCCGGUUUAGAUGAGCAUACUUCGACAGUCCAGACCAAAGUGUCCAAUUCAUAUGAGGGAAAAAAAUGUUCAAUACAAGCUUUAGUUGUUACCAAAUUUUGGUUAAGACGAGGGCUUUUUAUGGUCUGUUUGAGUGCAAGUGUAUUGUUAUCUAUUUUACAAGAGGACAAACUUCCCCCCCC